UUAUACAUAAUACUGACUGACGGUCUAUUCUAGAAGUAAGAGCCGAGGUGGUGGCCGUGAAGGGUCAAUAUUAGACGAUUCCGCAAAACAACGACAUGUCGUUCUGUUCGUUCUUUGGAGGGGAGAUUUACAAAGACCACUUCAAGAAUGGGAUGUACGUGUGCGCCAAGUGCGGGUACGAGCUGUUCUCCAGCCGCACCAAGUUUGAGCAUUCCUCGCCCUGGCCCGCCUUCACAGAGACCAUCCACGAGGACAGCGUCUCCAAGUAUGUAGAGCGGCCCAACGCUCUCAAGGUCUCGUGUGGGAAGUGCGGCAAUGGACUCGGCCAUGAGUUCUUAAACGACGGCCCCAAGAAAGGACAGUCCCGCUUCUGAAUAUUCAGCAGCUCGAUUAAGUUCAUCCCUAAAGACAAAGUCGACGGGGGAGCGAAUCGAGCUUAAAGCCCCAACAAACCCCACCAUCAGCGGGACGCCCCCAACCUUCCCCCACGCCCCAUCAACAAAUGAAUCGGAUGAGGUAAAGCCGCCACCGGACGUCUCGUCUGAUGAAAACGUUACGUGAUGGCGUCGGAUGUGGUUCGGAGCGUCUUUCUGGAGCUGAUCACAUUGCAUCCGCAGCGUGUCAGCCGCACACGCACAUUCCCUCCCCCACCCCUCCACCCAGCGCGCAGCCGGCGGGGGCUCUUACCGGUUAUUUUACAUGGAUGAUAGUGCCUGGAAUGGCAGGAAAGAGUAAAUCGUAGCUGGUUAUCACUGCGCCAGUGUUUUAACAGUAGAUGAUGGUAAAUUUGGGCCUUGUGUAAUCAACCUGAUUGGGGUAUGGGCACACGCUGGCAAGCCAUGCCCACCCGCAGCCGCUAAUGGCCGGGCAGCUUCGUGAGUUAAUCGUGCAGCCAGGGUGAGCAUGCCUGUGCCGCAUCAUGCCUUCCUGGUAGGUUGGUGGAUGUCCUCCAUAUUUAAAGGGGGUUUUCUGGGAUUUUGAUAUUUGAUAUCUUCAGGAUAUGUUAUUAGUGUCUAUCUGAUUAUGGGGGUCCGACUCCCGGCACCCCCCACUGAUCGACUGUUUGAAGAGGCCACAGCGCUCAGGUAAGUGCUACGGCCUCCUCACAGCUCACCAAGCGCAGCGCCAUCCAUUGUAUAGUGGCUGUGCUUGGUAUUGCAGCCCAGGCUUAUUCCCUUGAAUGGGACGGAGCUGCGCCUGGGCCAUGUGACCGAUAAACGUGAGGGCGCAGUGAGCACUGGAGCAUCUUGGCCAGCUGAUAGUUGCGGGUGUCGGGAGUCUGAGCCCACCAAUUGGAUAUUGGUGACCUGUCCUGAGGCCAUCAAUAUCUAAAUCACGGAAAUCCCCUUUUAAAGUG